CCAAUGGCCACGGCGAGCGGAAGCACGUGGGUAAACAGGAAGUGGUUUCGGCAUUUGGCGGGUUGAGAAGAGAAGACGUCCAAAAAUGGCGGCUGUGAAUGACAUGGAGAAGAAACUGGCGGAGUAUAAAUGCGACACUAAUGAAGCUGUAUGUCUGAAACUAGUGCGGUUUCCAGAGGAUCUAGAUGACGAAAGCACAACAUUUCACCCCGAGUACAGUCAUCAGCUGUUUGGAGAUGAUGAAGUGGCGUUUGGCUACAAAGGUCUUCAGAUCCAGCUGUACUACAGUGCAGGGAACCUGAGCUCCCUGUUCAAAGUCAAGUACACGGCCAGGGUCACAGACACGUUUGACUGUGUGGAGCCAGACGAUGUGGAGGGUAAGAUCAGAGAGAUCAUUCCUGCUGGUUUCUGCUGUAACACAGAUGACUUCAUCGUGGACACCUCGUGUCCAGGGUUCAGAGAGUACCAUGAGCGCUUGCAGACAUUUCUCAUGUGGUUCAUCGAGACGGCCAGUUUCAUCGAUGUGGAUGAUGAUCGCUGGGAUUUCUUCCUCGUCACAUUUCCUUGUGAACACCGCAUGGAUUUGAUCUGCUCUUCAUCGUUUCAGGUGGACACCUCGUGUCCAGGGUUCAGAGAGUACCAUGAGCGCUUGCAGACAUUUCUCAUGUGGUUCAUCGAGACGGCCAGUUUCAUCGAUGUGGAUGAUGAUCGCUGGGAUUUCUUCCUCGUAUUCGAGAAGUACAAUAAGGAUGGAGAGACCCUCUACGCGACGGUUGGCUACAUGACAGUGUAUAAUUACUACGUGUACCCAGACAAAACCAGACCACGUGUCAGCCAGAUGCUGAUCUUGCCACCAUUCCAGGGAGAAGGACACGGGGCUCAGCUCUUAGAGACAGUCCACCGAUACUACUGCACUUCUGCUAAAGUACAGGACAUCACAGCGGAGGACCCGUCUGAAAACUAUGUGAAGCUGAGAGAUUUUGUGCUGGUGAAGCUGUGCUUGACUCUGCCCUCCUUCUCCAGUGAGAAACUCUCUCAGGGCUUCAGUGAAGAGAUGGUGUCUGAGGCCAGAGAGAAACUCAAGAUCAACAAGAAACAUGCACGCCGUGUUUAUGAAAUCCUGCGUCUCAGAAACACAGACAUGAGCGAUGAAGAGAAAGCCAAAGAAUUUCGAUUGGAGGUGAAAAAAAGACUCUAUGGACCCUACAGAAAAAACCAGCGUGAGCUGACUAAGAUGCAGAAGUGUUUGAGGCCAGAGGAGCUGGCAUCCCAAAUCAGCCAGAUGGACACGAGACUGCAACACGAGGAGCUGGAGAAAAGCUACCAGGAUGUGCUGGCGGAGUAUCGCAGAGUCCUGGAGCGACUGGCUCAGGCCUGAACACACGGAGACUUCUGCAUAGUCCUGGAAAGACUGGCCCAGACACACACACACACACACACAAUAUCACACAUACUGUUCUAUUGCAUUGUACGUGACACAUCUGCAUUUGUUACUUGUGAUAGACAGAUGAUGGGCAGUUAUUCACACAAGAGAAGAGUGCAUUGGUCUACUGUGAAGAUGAACGCUGAAGAUUUGAGUUGAUAUUGUUAGUUUUUUCAUGAAACAUUCUCCUUAAAAUGUAAAAAAUGUAGAUUUUGAAGCAC